GAGAUGCAGAAUUCUCCCAAAAACUAAACCCUAGCUUUCCACUUCUUCUCUUUUCCUUCAAUUCUUCAGAAAAUCCGAUCUGGGUUUCGUUGUUAAUGGCGGAAUUUAGUGACCCACCACUAUCAAUUCUCUCUUCGUCUCCUAAAUUAGCUAAACCCAACCAAACCCUAGAUGAGUCUUCACCAACCGCGCCAAUUCGUGACCUUGUUACUCACUCGCUCUCUCUUUCGUCACCGAUUCGUCAGAUUCAACCUUCUUCUCCGGCGAACCCAGAUGGGUCUUCCUCUUCCCCGUCAAAUAAAACCCUAAUUACGCCACCAGCUCAGAUUUCGCCUGUUAGCAACAACAAUCUUCUCCAAAUCACGAGUACGUCAGAUUCGUAUCUUUAUCGUCCACCAAGGAGAUACAUAGAGAAUAGUGACGGUCAAAGCGACGACGAUGACCUUAAUAAGACCGAGCCAACAAAACCUCUACAGCUCUCAUGGUGGUAUCCGAGAAUUGAACCCACCGGUGUUGGUGCUGGGCUAUACAAUUCAGGCAACACUUGUUUCAUAGCUUCUGUGUUGCAAUGCUUCACUCACACUGUGCCUCUUAUUGAGAGUCUUCGUUCAUACAUGUAUCAAAACCCUUGCAACUGUUGCAAUGAGAAGUUCUGUGUUAUGCAAGCGCUUCGAGAUCAUAUCGAGCUUGCUUUGAGAUCUUCAGGACAUGGGAUAAACAUUGAUAGAUUUCGUGAUAACCUGACUCAUUUUUCAUCUGAUUUUAUGAUAAACCACCAAGAAGACGCACACGAGUUUCUACAGUCGUUUUUAGACAAGCUAGAGAGAUGUUGUUUAGAUCCUGAGAAUGAGCCUGGCUCUAUCUUAUCUCAAGAUUUGAACAUUGUUGACAAUGUCUUUGGUGGCGGUCUCAUGAGUACGCUUUGUUGCUGCAAUUGCAAUUCUGUUUCCAACACAUUUGAACCUUCUCUUGGAUGGAGUCUGGAAAUUGAAGAUGUUGAUAAUCUCUGGAGUGCUCUAGAAUCCUUUACACGUGUCGAAAAACUUGAGGACCAGUUAACAUGUGAUAACUGUAAGGAGAAAGUCACAAAGGAGAAGCAACUUAAGUUCGAUCAGUUGCCGCCGGUUGCUACAUUCCAUCUUAAGAGAUUCAAGAAUGAUGGAGUUACUAUGGAGAAGAUCUUUGAGCAUGUUGAGUUCCCUUUGGAGUUGGAUUUGCUCCCUUUCAUGAGCGGUAACCAAAAUCCUGAGGUUUCCACAAAAUAUCACCUUUAUGCCUUUGUGGAGCAUAUUGGGAUUAGAGCAACUUUUGGUCAUUACUCCACUUAUGUGAGAUCAGCUCCUGAGACAUGGCAUAAUUUUGAUGACUCCAAGGUCACCAGAAUCAGCGAAGACAGAGUUCUAUCCCGUCCUGCGUAUAUAUUAUUUUAUGCAAGAGAAGGAACUCGUUGGUUUUCCAGUACUUUUGAACAGUUGAAGGCAGUGUUUGAAGCUACUCCGUUACAUUUUUCACCAAACUCAGUGCUUGAAAACAGUUACGAUAGUGUUGGUAAUUCUAACAAAGACUGCAACGACUCGGGGGGAGUGUCGAUCCCUGAUGGAAAGUGGUCAGAUUUUUGCUGUCAUGAGCCAAAAGAAGAAGUGUUCCAUUCAGCCGAGUCUAACAACAGUGAAGAUUCUUCAACCAUGAUUGAUGCUCUCGAGUCACCUGAGGCUGAUGAAUCUGAGAAACCUUUUGUUGAAACCUCUCAACAGAGAGAACCUGAGUCAUGUCCAGCUGGAAACAAAGCUAACAUUGAUGAAUCUGAGAAGCCAUUUGCUGAGACCUCUCAACAGAAAGAACCUGAGCCAAGUCCAGCUGCUGACAGAGCUAGCAUUGAUGCCCCUCAUGUCCCUCUGCUCAAGGUUCAGAAUCAAGACAUAUCUCCAAAACGCAAAGCUGGUGAGAGAGCUACGCUUGGUGGACCGAAGCGCAAGAUUCAAAAAACAAAUUCCCAUCCGAAACGCCAAGGAAGCUUUCAGAUUCAACGUGCGCAUUUGCAAACUAAGAACCAAGAAGAAACUCGUAGAACAAAGCGGCCGGCGUUUAGAAGCAAUGUUGCUGCUUCUGCUCCAGAUCCUAAGUACAAAAAUCAUGCUAUUUCAUAUCUCAACAGGGCUCAGACACCUCGCAAUCAAAUGCUCGCUAGAGCUUUGGUUGGUUCUCCGACCAAGAAAAAGAAAAUCUCAACAGGGCCCAGACACAUGAAAAGAUCAACUAUUAAAAUUUGAAGAGUUAGCUAUUAGAAAAUGAAAAGUUGUUCCUCUGGUUUUUGUGUUUGGGGUUUUCUUGUGAAUACAUCUCUGAUCAAUUU